GGAGAGGUGUCUGGAGGGCUGCAUCAAACUCCUGCACUUCUCAGAGCUACUCCCCCUCCUGAAGCAGCAGAGGCGAGCAGUCUUUCUCCGCAGAGAGUGGGGACUCGGUCCGGCUAGAGAGAGGGCUCAACACAAGAGAGGAGGCUCAAAAACUGAAGUACAGACCGCAAUGGGGUCGAGCUGAACCCCCGCUCGCUUCAUUUGUUUGCUGUGUUAUGAACCAUAUGCGGGAGAAACACACGACAGUUUAGCUUGCGACGCACCGCGCGGCAGUGAUUUCACAUCAAAAACGUUAACGGCCAACGGUCGGAACUACCUGAAUACCUGCAGUGUUUCGCACUAACGUUAGCCUCGGCUCGGUGCAAACAGCGGUGACAUUGGGAGAUUGAGAGACAGAGAGGAGCGUAACGUUAGAGAGAUUACAAGACGGGACAGGAGAAAGUUUCUCAAGCCUUGCGCAGACACACAGCGGUUAAACAAUGCGGCUGACCCCGACAAGGUCCCUUUCAUCGGCAGCCCUGCUAAUCCUGCUGGUUGUCCGCUGGUCCGACAGCAUUUUAUUGUCUCCCUAUGAGGCGAACCAGUUCCUGAGCAGACACAGGAGAGCAAAUCAAGUUUUCGAGGAGACGAAGCAAGGACACUUGGAGAGGGAGUGUGUGGAGGAAAAGUGCACCAAAGAGGAGGCCAGAGAAGUGUUUGAAAACGACCCAGAGACGGACUACUUCUAUCCCAAGUAUUUAGCCUGUAUGGAGAAGUUUGGAGAUGCUGAAAAAAAGAAACAGGAUCUGGUUACAUGUGUCCACAAUAUUCCAGACCAGUGCUCUCCUUCUCCCUGUAAUGCCAGAGGUACGGUGCGCUGCGAGGACAAAAAGGGUGACUUCCUUUGUCACUGUUUCACAGGCUGGGCCGGAGCCAGAUGUGAGAAAGAUGUCGACGAGUGCAGCAAUAGAAAUGGAGGGUGUGACCACGAAUGCAACAACACUAUGGGCAGUUACCGCUGCUUCUGUCACCAAGGCUACAUGUUGGUAGGACGCCACAUGUGUAAUGAUGUGGAUGAGUGUGAGGACCCAGGUGUAUGUGGAACAGCACGGUGUGAGAAUAAGGAGGGCAGCUAUGAUUGCUUGUGUGAUAUCGGCUAUGUCUACGACAAUGAAACCAAGAGCUGUGUUGAUGUCGAUGAGUGCGAGUCGGGUGUUUGUGCAGAGGAGUGUCUAAACACUCCAGGGAGUUUCCGCUGCUUCUGUGAUGGUCGUCACGGCAUGAAGCUCGGCCAGGACCUCAGGAGCUGUAAGGCUUUAACUCCCUGCAUGUCACCGUCUCUGAAGAGGAACUCUCGUUCUCUCUACCUGGGCCGCAUGUUCAGCGGUGUGCCAGUGGUGAGGCUGCGUUUCCGCAGGAGGAUUCAAACUGGCUUUUCAGCAGAGUUUGACUUCCGCACUCACGACCCUGAGGGUGUGAUCUUCUUUGCUGGAGGUCACCUAAACAGCUCCUGGAUCGUGCUGGCAAUGCACCAUGGGAAGCUGGAGCUGCAGCUGAAGUACGGCACAGUCAGCAGGGUCACCAGCAGCGGACCCCUCGUCAAUGACGGCCAGUGGAGAAAGAUCUCGGUGGAGGAGCAGGGGCGGAGUCUAGUGAUUAAGAUUGACAGGGAGGCCGUCAUGAAGAUCGCUGUAAACGGUGAUCUGUUUACACUAAAGAAGGGAAUGCAUGAACUCAACCUCACUGUGGGAGGAGUCCCUUUCAGAGAGGACGGCCUCAUUAAUCAGGUGAACCCCCGUCUGGACGGCUGUAUGAAGGAGUGGAGAUGGUUGACAGGUGAAGAUACGUCCAUACAAGAAACCAUUCGGUCCAACGACAACAUGCAGUGUUUCAGCGCAGAGGAUCCUGGAGCAUAUUACCCCGGCACAGGCUUCGCUCUCUUCAACAUCAGCUAUGAAUCACAGAACCUGAGCGUCCUGUUGAACCUGCGUCCAACUUCUGCGAUUGGAGUGUUGUUUGCACUUGUUCACCAGGACAGAGUCCCUUUCUCCAUUGCGCUGGCCGACUAUCAUCCUGGCACUGAUGAAUGGCGAGAUUUUGUUCUGGUAUCUGUAGGUGAGGUCGUCAUUGCCAGCUCUCCUGCCCCCCUGUGUGAUGGUGAGAGUCAUGAAAUCCAGGUGACGAUCUCAGGCAACCAGACCCUGCUGCUGGUCGAUGGCCAGUCUGGACGUAGUGAAGACACCGAAGUUCCUUUUGACCUCUUGUCACAGUCCAGCACCUUUAUAGGAGGCCUUCCUGAUGUUUCUCUGGUCUCCACGCUGGUGUCGGCGCCCUACAGUGGCUGUAUGGAGGUCAAUGUUAACGGACAGCCUCUGGACUUGGACCAGGCCAUCAACAAACACAACGACAUCCGCUCACACUCCUGCCCCCUGCUGGACUCUCACCAGUGACCAGCGCAUCAGUCUGCCAAAACUGAUCCAUAAGCAGUUAGUUCAGGCAAUGGGGAUGAUUUCCAAUAUAUUUAUAAAAUUUUUGAACAGUGGGGAGAUGUUUUAGAUUGGAAUGUUAAAAAAAAAGAAAAAAAAAAAAGAAAAGAAAAUGGACCAGGUAUCGUGGUGCAGCCGGAGCCUUAGCCCAGGAUCACCCUGUCCUUUUACUGUGAUGACACUGCUGCUUAGAGGCAUUUGCAGGGAAUUUCACAGUAUUUUCUCAGUACUAUGACGCAGUAAGGCAGUUAGUCAGCCAAUGAGCAACAUCUGUAUUCCCAAAAUAGGGGAAUAAAUGCUACACAACAUUGCCUCAAAAACUGCCCAUGCAUCACAGCCUUGUAAGCCCACAAGAACACACAAGGCCUUAUCUAGAUCAAUGUCAAAUGGUUGGUCUUGGGUCAACCUGCUACGCCUGGCAUCCUGGCUUAAAUGCAGAUUUGACUGGAACUUUGUAGGCAGAGUGACUCUCCACUGCAGCAAUUCAGUUGAUAGAGCGGUGGUCAUGUUGCUUACAUCCAGUUCACCUAAGGCCCACAUUCGCAAAGCUUGAAAUAAUCAAGUGCUAAUGUAGAAUCCGAUGAAAUUUAAAAAAUGGGGACCAGAUAUAUAUAUAGUCCUAUAUCAGCUACCCUACUCAGAGAAAAUGUGUGAAUAGGUGCUCAGAUCUUCAUGAGUGUUUGGUGCAUAAUGACUUAGGGGUUGAUUGGGGACUAAGUCAAUCUUAUUUGCCCCUAACAAGUUGAAUCCCUCCUUCACCACAGCAGGGAGGUGUGGUAUUAGGCACAACUUUGUGUUCUGUAGAAAACCUUGCACGUUGUUGCAGGUAGGAAUGGACAGCGAGUGAAGCCAUUUUCUUGAUUUCCUCUCAAAUAAAGCAGCACUCCAUCUCUGCCUGCAACCUUAAAAAUCAACCAUGUGCCUACCAAGAACAACCAACCCAAACUUCACAACAGCUUCCCUCUAAACAGGUUAAUCAUUUCACAAAGGUGCAGUACUGUAAUGCUUCUCCAAAUGAAAUGUUGUACUCAUUACAGUUAAUACACUAUGCAUUUCCACCUGUGCAUUUUGGAGUAUUACAGUCUUUUAAAGAACUGACUGACACCCUGAUUAAUCUUCAAUCACUAACUUCAUCACAAAGGCCCCUUCUUUCCCACUGAAUUCACCCACUCACACUUAAUACCUGCCAUAUAGCAGUCUGAGGAUGAUAGAUUAGUCACAGAAGCACAGGGAGACAGGAAGGGGCCCUCUCUAUGAAGGAGAGAGUGAGCACUGCAUCAAACGCACCACACAAGCUACUGAGAGUAAAAAGAGUGCGCUGUAAUAUACUGAAUAUGUAAAUAACGUGACUGUACAAUGCUUUAUAGAAGACAGAAAACAAACACUACCUUACGUUUACUGAGGUUUUCUGCACAUUUAAGUUCAUCCAAAGUCAAAAACAGUAAUCAGAGUCUCUCAACUUCAUCUGCUUCCUAACAAGUUUGAGCGACAAUUACACUAUUCUUUUUCUUGAAAUGGGAAUUUGGGAGACUGUGAGAGCAAUAGCCUGGGAUCAAAGUAUUGUAAAUCUUUUUAAAAUUUCAUUUUAUAGGUGCUGAGCAAAUCAAAACACAAUUAAAACAAAGAAUGUCAGAGGAGCAUUGUGAGUGAAAAUGCCAAAAGGGCUCCUGUGUUCUUUUACUUCCCUCUGUAAUGUAUAAUUUUCUAGUUUUCUGAUGAAUGAAUGCCAGAAUUUCGAGCUUGACGAGUUUUUGUUUAUUUUUUAUCAUGUGUUGUAUAUUGAACUUAGUCUUUAGUUUUUAUUUUUCACUUUAACUGCCAGUAUGUGUACAAUGCUGAAAUAAGUCUGCCUUUGGAGUUUUAACUUCCCUCAACAGUGAAAAUCCUAUUUAAAAACAAAGAUAAAAGCAGUUGUAUGAACAUCAUAGAGUAAAAUUGUAUUUUCAAAAAACC